AUGGCCACCGCAGUAUCAACCCCCAUUAAGUCCCACACUGGGCUCUUCUCCACACGUACCGCUGGCGGACGUAUGCCUUUGACCCCAUCUCCCCGUACACGCACCCAAACUCUCUCGAUCAAUAACUCAUCUCCUUUUACUCCACCCGAGAAAAAGGUAUCUGAAGAGAAUGUACGAUUAUCAUCCAAGUCAACAUACGGUGGAAACUUAACAUCACAUUUCGCAAAGUCUUCCAGAAAGUCUCACCGCGACUCACCAAAGUCCAACAUUGCCAAGGGUGUUCAAACUCCUCGACAUGCUCUUGAGCUCGGUGUCUCUGACUUUGCUCUUACUGGUACAGGAUGCAAGACCCCUGUUGCUACACGAACAAGAAAAGGUCCAGUCCGCUCGAAAGCCGCCAAGACUACUGUCUCCUACUCUGGCGACAGAUUUAUCCCCGACCGUGCUGCAAGCUCAGCCAUCACAACCGCUGGCUGCGGAAAAGCUGACUUUGCCGAGAAGCAAAGACCAAAGAGCAUCAAUGAAAGCUCUUCAGUUCUCGCAUCAGGUGCCGGUGACGCUCUCGCUGCUCUUGAAUCAUUGACCAUUGAUGAUGAAGAAGAGCCAGCUUCAUACUCUCGCCCAUCACCAAAUACUAUUGCAUACCAAGACUCAUUGGCAUCUGCCUGUGGUAUUUCUCAAGGCCAAAGAAUCCUCGCAUUCAAGCCUGCUGCUCCCGAAUCCUCAAAGCCUGUUGAUCUCCGAUCCCAAUACAACCGUCCCCUCAAAAACUCCAACGCUUCCGCUGCUCAAUUCAGACGCCGCAUUGCAACUGCACCAGAGCGUGUCUUGGAUGCACCUGGUCUCGUCGACGAUUACUACUUGAACCUCCUUGACUGGAGCUCCAACAACCAAGUUGCCAUUGGUCUUGAACGCAAUGUAUAUGUCUGGUCUGCUGAGUCUGGCACUGUCAGCUCUCUUCUUGAAACUAGCCCAGAUACCUAUGUUAGCAGUGUCAAGUGGUCCGGUGAUGGAGCGUAUGUCAGUGUUGGUCUCGGUUCCGGAGAAGUUCAAAUCUGGGAUGUCGAAGAAGGCACUAAGCUCAGAAGUAUGCACGGACACGACACCCGUGUUGGUGUAAUGGGAUGGAACAAGCACACUCUUUCUACUGGCGCACGAAGUGGUCUUGUCUACAACCACGAUGUUCGCAUCGCUCAACACAAAGUUGCUGAGUUGGUUUCCCACACCUCCGAAGUCUGUGGUCUGGAAUGGCGCGCUGAUGGUGCUCAACUUGCCACUGGUGGCAACGACAACUUGGUCUCUAUCUGGGAUGCUCGUUCUUUGGCUGUUCCCAAGUUUACCAAGACCAACCACAAGGCAGCUGUUAAGGCUCUUAGCUGGUGCCCGUGGCAACCAAACGUUUUGGCUACUGGUGGUGGAUCAUACGAUCGUCACAUCCACUUCUGGAACACCACCACCGGUGCACGUGUUAACAGCAUCGACACUGGCUCCCAAGUUACCAGUCUCCGAUGGAGCCCUCAUUACCGCGAGAUUGUUAGCACCAGUGGAUUCCCAGACAACUCUAUCAGCAUCUGGAGCUACCCUACUUUGGUUCGCAAUGUCGAGAUUCCAGCCCACGAGACCAGAGUCCUCCACAGCUGUCUCAGCCCAGAUGGACAAAUGCUCGCCACAGCUGCUGCUGAUGAGAGCUUGAAGUUCUGGAAGGUUUUCGAGAAGAAGACUGGCCCAAGUGCAUCCGCAUCAGCUGGUGCAUCAGGAAAGGCCGACAUGGUCAAGCAAAUGACUAUCAGAUAG